AUGGCAGAACCAGACUCCAUUGACAACCUCCUGCGCGCCGCAGGUAUUGGUAUUGCUGAAGAUGACCCAACCGAGCCUGUUUUAACUCUCCGGAUGUUCUUACUCGGAAUAAUAUUUUGCAUCGUGGUCAGCGGCUUGAACACACUCUAUACUCUACGAACGCCGUCCAUCACGAUCUCUUCAUCCGUGGUGCUUUUGCUAGCCUAUCCAUUGGGAAAAUUAUGGGAGAAGACUGUUCCUAGCUGGACUGUGCCUCUGGGUGUGUGGUCGUUUAAUCUGAACCCGGGGCCGUUUAAUACCAAGGAACAUGUCUUAAUUUAUGUCAUGUCCAACCUCAGUAUUUAUGUUCGUCUUGGAGCAGACGUCCUCACAGAACAACAGAUGUUUUACGGAUACAGCGCCGGAUUUGGCUUUCAGUUCGUCAUCACGCUCGCCACGUUUCUGGUCGGAUUCUGCCUGGCCGGCCUGUGUCGCUCUAUUGCUGUCGUGCCGAAAGAUUUGACUUGGCCCGGGGUCUUUGGUGUGACUACCCUUGUCACAACACUACAUGGUAUAGGACAGAAGGAUACGCAAGCAAGAUACGAUACGUGGAACAUAUCCCGCUAUGCCUUCUUCAGUUUGGUAUUCUGCAUCUCAUUCUGCUGGUAUUGGUUUCCAGAUUUUAUAUUCCCUGCUCUGAGCAACUUCAACUUCGCUUGCUGGAUCAAGCCGAAAAGUGUGAUUGUCAAUCAGCUGCUGGGUGUGAAGAGCGGCAUGGGUCUUAUUCCUAUCACAUUUGAUUGGAGUCAAAUAUCAUAUCUGGGAUCACCACUGCUUAUUCCAUCAUGGGCUAUCUUUAAUAUCGCUGGCGCCCUUGUAUUUUGGAUUUGGGUUGUGGCUGUUGCUUGCUACUAUAGUAACAUCUGGAAUACGGGAUAUUUGCCGUUCCAAAGUUCUAAAGUGUUCGAUAACACGGGAGGCGUAUAUAACGCGACAAAAAUCGUCAAUGCUGUAUCUGGAUACACCCUAGAUGUUCAGAAGUAUCAAGAGUACUCGCCAGUGUACAUGCCUGUCACUUACGCGUUGAAUAUGUUUGGAUUGUCAUUCGCAACCCUAACUGCUCUUCUAGUUUGGGUUGUUAUAGAGCACUCGGAAAUUCUAGUUACCGCAAUGAAGAGACUUUCUAAGGGGGGCAAGCAGUUAUUAUCAGCUCUAUUCCUGUGCAUCCUCGGAGUUGAGUAUUGGGGGGUUGAGCUAAGGUGGUACGGUGUGCUGCUUUCUUGCGCGGUGGCUUUGAUCUUUUAUACUCCGCUAGCGCUUGUCUAUGCGACCACUAACCUAAAAAUCAACAUCGACAUCAUCUGCCGUAUCAUCGCGGGUGUUAUCUUCGAAGGCAAAGUUCUCGCAAACAUCUGGUUCUUCGACAUCGGCUACAUCACCACAAUCAAAGGUUUAUAUUUUGCCCAGGAUAUGAAACUGGCGUACUACAGCCAUAUCCCCCAGAAAUCGCUUUUCAUCGUGCAAUGCACAGGAAUGCUCUUCGGAACCCUCGCUUCUAUCCUAACACUAAACUGGUCUUUCGCGAACAUUGACUCUGUAUGUACUUCGGAAGCUCCCAAUGGGUUCUCAUGCCCAUUCUCCAGCACGCACUUUAACACCUCCCUGAUUUGGGGCGCGAUCGGGCCCCGUCGGUUCUUCAAAAAUAACUAUCGAGCAAUGUUUUAUUUCGCAAUCCUGGGUGCGCUCCUAGGUCUCCCGAUAUACAUUCUCCGGAGAAAGUAUCCGCGCUCCAAUUCGUUGUGGUCCAAGAUCCAUAUCCCGCUCUUCCUAGGCGGCUUGAACUACAUCCCACCCGCAACGGGUAUGAACUAUGGCAGUUGGGUUAUCGUAGGUCUUAUUUUCGGGUGGGUUAUCAAGAAGAGAUUGAGUGCAUGGUGGGGGAAGUAUAACUUUGUGCUGAGUGCGGCGCUGGACACGAGUGUCAGUGUCGCUGGUGUGGUUAUCUUUUUUGCGAUUUAUUUCUCGGGGGCUUCGAAGGGGUUCAAGUGGUGGGGGAACGAGGUUUAUAAAGAUACGUGCGAUUGGAAGGAGUGCCCAUAUCUAGAGGUUCCUGAGGGAGGGAGGUUUGGUGUUUGA